AUGAAGAUGGAAUGUGAUCUGAUACUACUUGCGAUUGAAGUAGAUGCUAAUAGUGGCUUGAUAGAAGAGUAUCCAGAUCUCCCAUCGAAUCCGGGACGAGAUUUGAAUAAAAAGCAGUAUGGUUCCUUCGGUGAGAGUUCUGAAGCUAUAGAGAAGAGGUACUUUACUGGGCUUUCUCAGAUGGAUAUACUCUGCGUACAUCCAGCAUAUUGGAGAAGAGGUCAUGGUACUCAACUCGUGACACGGACUCUCGACCUUGCGAGAAUGGAUGGCAUUACACAAGGUGUUAAUGCUGCGCGUAUGGGAGCGAGGCUUUACAAAGCUCUUGGGUAUGCGUUCAUCUGUACUGCUGGAGGAAGGUGA